CACCAAAAGAAAAACAAAUUUCAAAGAAGAAUAAGAAGGAGAAAGCAAAGAUCUUAUAAAUCUAAAAAUGGAUGUUCUUCUGAAAUUACCCACUUCAAAUUCUCUUCGUACGGUUAAAGAUCUUGGAUCUGCUCAAAUCCAUGAAGCUAUUAAGGGUGACGGCGACCAUCAAGAACUUGAAUCUGCCAAGGCCGAGAUGAGCGAGGUGAAGAAAGAGAACGAGAAGCUUAAAAGAAUGCUCAAACGAAUUGAAUGUGACUACAAAUCUCUCAAACUUAGAUUCUUCGAUGUAUUUCAACAAGAACCUUCAAACAAGCCAACUCAAGAUCAAAACGUAGUUGAUCUUCGGACAGAUUUGAGUUCUUCUGAUCAAGAAGGUGAUCUUGUGUCGCUUUCUCUAAGGAGAAGAAGUUCUUCCCCGAGUGAUAACACCUCGAAUAAGGAAGAGAAAACAGACGUGAUCACCAAAGUAGUCAACUCUGAUGAAGAGUUGACCAAGGCUGGUUUAACCUUAGGAUUCAAUAACAGCAACGACCGUGAACAAAACGAGAGUUUAUCUAUCGUGAAUAGCUCGGAAGAAGCAAGUAAAGUUACAGGGAAGAGAAGCUCUCCCGCACCACCUGACUCCGGUGGCGAUGCUGAUGGAGAGGCCGGUCAGCAAAAUAAUGUAAAGAAAGCUAGAGUUUGUGUUAGAGCGAGAUGUGACACUCCAACGAUGAAUGAUGGUUGUCAGUGGAGAAAAUAUGGUCAAAAGAUUGCGAAAGGAAAUCCAUGCCCACGAGCAUAUUAUCGCUGCACGGUUGCACCUGGAUGUCCCGUUAGAAAACAGGUCCAAAGAUGUGCAGAAGACACGUCCAUACUAAUCACAACCUAUGAAGGAACACAUAGCCAUCAUCUUCCUCUCUCAGCAACCACUAUGGCCUCUACUACUUCAGCCGCCGCCUCCAUGCUCCUCUCCGGCUCCUCCUCUUCAUCAGCCGCCAAAAUGAUCGGAAACAACCUCUACGACAGUUCAAGAUUCAUCAACAACAACAACAGCAAAUCCUUCUAUGCACCCACUCUUCAUUCUCCGUUACAUCCCACCGUCACUCUAGACCUCACGACACCACAACACUAUACUUCCACGUCAUUGCCUUCUUUAAACUUCAACAAACUCUCCAAUUCCUUCCAAAGAUUCCCAUCCACAAGCUUAAAUUUUUCUUCUAGUUCUUCUUAUACUCCAUAUCCUUAUAACAACGUCCAGUUUGGGACGUCUAACCUAGGAAAAACAGUCCAGAAUAGCCAGUUCUUAACCAAAACCCUAACGAAAGCGCUUACUUCUGACCCAAGUUUCCAUUCAGUGGUCGGAGCUGCGAUCUCAUCCAUGGUUGGAUCCAACGGGGAGCAACAGAUAGUUGGCCCACGGCAUCCUAAUAGCAAUAGCAUUCAACAAAUAGCUGCGACGAAGGAUAACAAAGGACGUGGAGGCUAUUUUAGCAGCUUACUGGCAUCUAACAUAAUAGCAAACAACCAAACUGGUGCCUUUUCGGAUCAACCAUCGUCGCAACUUCCUCCAUUAUCGAUGUUCAAGCAUCCUUCUUCUUCGUCUACUACGGGUAGUUUCGUCAACAAGGAUGAGAAAAGCUUGUAACUGUAUCAGAACGACAAAUUAGGUGUUACGGUAUUGUAUCAGAAGAUGUUAAUUAAAUGUUACAAUUGAUUUUACAUGUGUUUUUACUUUUAGGAGUGCAUAUCUUCUAAAUUUUGAUGAAGAAAAGUUGUUGGAUGGAUCUGAUAGGUUAACUCAACCUUAUUGGGCCUAAAAUGGGCCUUGAUGAGAAUUCUUUGACAUGUAACCAAAACGUGAAAAUAAUAUGUGAUGCAACGUAAAAGUGGUGUGUUGUACUUAUCUUUUAGAGUUUGGUGAUUCAUGCUUAAGCUGUAAGAGAUUUAUGUGAGUUUAUUUGUGAUUGAAAACGAAAACUUUAAAACACGAUCCGGUUUUAUCUCCUAACUUCUCUACAAAUCACAAGUUCGUCCGAGUUUCCUAUUUUGUCUUGUUUUAUCAAAAACAUUAAACCUAUAAGUACUCACCAGAUAUUCUCUUCCAUCUUCACUCAUAUUACUUUUAAUUACUUGUUUUUUCUUCUUCAGCAUGGCGAGAGUUUCUGUUUUGUUAUGUUUGGUUCUAUUGGUUACAUUAGGAGUCGUGGUAAGUUUCUCAUUUGCGCACGGCACGGAAACGACACAGUCGACACUGCAACAUCAGGAGAGCAGUAAGACAGCUACCACACUUGAUCAUAAGAGUGAACAUAAAGUGCAAGGAGGACAACAGGUCAUGGGUGGUCAAGGUCAACAUGACCAUAAGAAGAAGGGUGAUCAUACCGAUGAUGAUACUGAUACAGAUGAUGAUCAUACCGAUGAUGAUACUGAUGAUGAUACCGAUGAUGAUGAUGAUGACAAGGCAAAGAAGAAGACAGUAAAAGCUUUAUAAAUUAAUAAUGUUGAUAUUAUAACAAUUUUAUUAAUUUAAAGAAUUGUUAAUUUUUAUAUUUUUAAAAUAUCUUUAUAUUUAGAUAAAUAAAAGGAAUACAUCAUUUCCCAAUA